AUGUUUUACGGUUCUUCGUCGGGGGCAAGCAUGUCCCUGCCCUCCAAAAGUCGACUAAAGCGACAGAGUAGGACCUUUACACAGGUCCUGUACCGCACCUUAAGCUACCGCGACCGCGUCCCGGCUGAAGUGGGAACAAACACCCGUGGUGAUCGGCGGUCAACAACUGAGCCCCCGGAGCGACCGGAGGACGACCCCGCAGAGCUUUCCACUCAAAGCUCGGCACCGGGCGUCCUGAAGAUCUUUGGUGACGAGAUCUGCGCUGGUGCCAACUAUAAGAGCGUCCUGGCUACUCCCCGCUCCAGCGCUCAGGAGCUAGUUAAGGAGGCAUUGGAGCGCUACUCUCUCAACAAGGACGGUGCCCACUCCUACGUCCUGUGUGACGUGAUUGGGCGCCUAGAAGGAGUCGGCAGCGUUUGGCGGACCGAGUGCCUCCGUGCGUUAGGCGACAACGAAAAGCCACUACUGCUGCAGGAGCUGUGGAAGCCCCGAGAAGGACACGCACGACGCUUUGAGCUACGCAGGAGAGCUGAGGUAGACGAACUCAACGCCAAGGAGAAGGACACCAUUACAGCUGGGCCCAAAGCCCCCCAGUUCCUGGUGGCUCUAAUGGGUCGCAUGCACAGGAGCUCCCCUCUGCGGUCGUCUCGGGUGGCUCAUUCGGGCUCUAAAGACAUCAACGCACAGGCCCGCAAACUGCAGAGAAACCGGGCCAAGGGGGCUCUGACCUUGCCUCGCUCGAGCAACUCAUCCCUAUGUCGCAGCCUCAGCGAGACAAGCCUCAACCAGUUGGCGGUGGGAGACGAACCCAAGCGCUAUUACUCCACACUUCCGGGGCCAUACAGAGGCCGAGAGGUGGCGUCAGUCGGACGGCGCAAGGAGGAUGCAGGCCAGGGUGGCGUGCGCCACUCCCUCUACCAGUCGCCACACCUACUGUUGCUUCAGGGCUACAACAAACAGGAUUGCCUGGUGUACCUGUUGAACCGCGACCAGCAUACCGUGGGUCAGGAGACGCCGUCGGCUCGCCCCAACAUCUGCCUGUUCUCCCCCGACAUCCUGCCGCUUCACUGCCGCCUGCGUCGCGUGCCCACUCCGUUUCGCCAUUCCAAGGCGGAGGAGGCGGAGCCAGAUCCCCAGCAGCAGCGCUCGUCCUGUGUGGCAGUGGAGCCGGUCCUCAACGCUACCGUGCUGGUCAACUUCUCCCGCUGCGAGCGUUCCACCACACUGCGUCACGGAGACCUGCUUUCCUUUGGCGCGCACUACAUUUUCUUGUACAAGGACCCCACAGGCGCCAAGCCUCUCCCUGCCCAGACCCUAGCACGCCUCCGCAGCCUGGGCCAACUCUACGACAGCGGGACCGAUGAGAGCGGCACGUGCAAAGUUUGUGGGUCGGUGCUCAAAGACAGAGCGGCCACCGUAACCGGCGUGACGGCGACGCGGCGCAGCUUCAGGCCGCAACCUGUCAAACCUCGCUGUAGUGGGACUCUGACCGGGACAGACGGAGGAAGAGGGGGACAAAAGAGGAAGCUGCAGUUGGAGUUUGAGCCAGCUCAGGAAGACCAGCUGCUCAACCGAAUCAUGUCACUCAUUGAACCUGGAGGUGAUGACCACAAGUUGACCCCGGCGUACCUUUUGUGUUUGUGCAUACAACACUCGGCCUCCACGUUCCCGCCGGGAAGCUUUGGAAAGCUUCUGCUAAAGAUCGUCCGUCGAAUCCAGACAGUGGCCUGGGAGAAGACAAAGGAGUUAGCACAGAAGCAAGCUCAGCACCAAGACCCGGCAUCGCUAUCGCUGCUCAACAUCUCGGACCUGAUUCCAGACUUACAGACUAUCUUCUUUUGGAUGUCCAACUCCAUAGAGAUUCUCUACUUUAUUCAGCAGAGGGCGCCGUCGUACACGCACAACAUGGAGACGGUGCAAGGCUCAAAGGAGUCUCUGCUGUCAGCGACUAUCUCUGCCAAUGAGGAGGCCAUGAGCAUUCUGGAGGAGGUCAUCAUGUAUACCUUCCAGCAGUGUGUCUACUAUAUCACCAAGGCUCUGUACGUGGUUCUACCGGGUCUACUGGACUGUAAUCCAUUCCCGUUGGACAGUUCAGAGCCAUGCUGGAAAGGAGGCGUCGGAUUCCCCGAGCCGGUACGCAGGGUUCUCCAGGUGUUCCAGAGCACCCAGGAGCUGCUGCAGGGCUACCAGGUCCACCCGGAGAUCCAGGCGCAGAUGUUCGCCUACCUCUUUUUCUUCUCCAACGUGUCCCUCUUCAACCAGCUGAUGGACAAAGGUCCAUCUCGCGGCUGGUUUCAACGUUCCAAAGUUCUGCAAAUGCAAGCGUGUCUACGGAUGGUUUUAGAAUGGGCCCGCAAGUCGGCAUUGGGACAUCUGGCAGACAAAUUCUUCACAAAGCUCAACAGUUCCAUUGCCGUUCUGGCCACGCCGCCGCAGCAGCUCACGCAGAUGAGCUGGCGAGUGUUGUCCAGUGAGCAUUCAUCCCUGAAGCCAGUGCAACUGCACAGGAUCUUGACUCAGUAUCAGAUCACCGCAGAGACUGGGCCUGUGCCAUUGUGGCAGCCCGGCAGCGAGGACGAGGCCUACAUCUACCGGACAGUGGAUCUCCUAGAGAGCUUUGAAAACCACCCUCCCAUUGUGCUGCCCAGCGGCGGUUUUGGCGUGGACCUGGACGGUGAGCGCGUGGAGGACAGUGUCUACCGGCAGCUGCUCUAUGUGCGGCACUUCUUGUGGGGCUUGCGCGCCAAGACGCAUGCUAACACCACACACGCUAACGGCAACAACAAUAAUGCAGCGGACGUUCAGAGGGAUCCGCUACCCCCACCCUUGCUGCAUGGCAGUCCCCGUUUAGCCCCUGGUGAUGGAGAAGAAGACAGCAGCCGUAGUCAAGUCCACAGCCUCCGGCGGAACGGGGGCGGUGUCCUUCACCACCACCAUCAUCAUCAUCAUCACCACCAGCACCCUCACACUACGCCGGGCUACCCCGAGGGAGGGCCAGGCGGAGGGGGGGGAGCUCUGCAGAUGAACGGUUGCGGAAAAAAAGCCAAUGGCCUUAUUGCUAACGGCAUGGAAGGCUGUGUUAAUGGUGGCUGUGAGUUCCCCUUCCCCGUGUCCUCCUCCCCCGGCAUCCCUCCUUUCCCUGAUGACAUGUGUGUGGUGUUUGUAGUGGAACUGGACAAAGGACCCUAUGGACUCGGCAUGGGACUCAUCGACGGCUUGCACACGCCUCUCAAUGCUCCGGGGAUCUACAUCCGGACGCUUAUCCCCGAGGGGCCGGCGGCGACCGACGGCCGGCUCAGGAUCGGUGAUCGAAUCCUUGCUGUCAACGGGACCAGUCUGAUCGGAGCCGACUACCAGAGUGCGGUGGAUCUGAUCCGCCUGGGUGGGGGUCGCCUCCGCUUCCUGGUGGCAAAGUCAGACCCGGAAGUGUCGGAGAAAAUCAGCGCCUCGUCCUGUUGA